CCCACCAAACCAAAACCAAAUAGGAGCCGACCCAAACAAACAAACAUAGUCCACAGUGUUUCGAGCCGUCUGAAAAAACCAAGCACCUCCGUCUUCUGUCUCAUCUUCUCCCCCAUCCGCGUGCUAAACACCAAAUCCUGCAAAAGCAAAAGCUGCUAUCCAUAUUCUCUCACCCAUAAACCCUCUUCACACAAUCAGAAACUGUUUCACGAAACACUACAGACAAUCUUUCUCUCUCUCUCGAUUUCCCCCAGAACUUGUACUUCGAAUCCUUAUAAACCCCAUCUCUCUGCCUCACUCUCUCUGUGUGUUCCCCUAAACCCCACCACCAUUUCUUGGAUUCUUCCUAUAUAUCUGGUCUUUGAUUCUGUUCUAUCUCCUCCCAAACAUCGAAUUCCCGUUUCUCCGCUGCCGGAAAAGAAAAAAAAUGCCCUCGGAUACCAGCGAUCAACGGCGACCUGGGAAGCUUCAGCAAGUGGGCGCCCCGCCGCCGCCGGAGCCAGAGCAUCUCCGGUGCCCGCGCUGUAACUCCACCAACACCAAGUUCUGCUACUACAACAACUACAACUUCUCCCAGCCCCGCCACUUCUGCAAGGCGUGCCGCCGCUACUGGACCCACGGCGGCACCCUCCGCGACAUCCCCGUCGGCGGGGGAAGCCGGAAGAACGCGAAACGCUCCCGCACCGUUCCGUGUUCGAGUUCCGCGAUUGCCGGAGCUCACUCCUUCUCCUCCAGCGGCGCCCACGACUUCCGCCGCAUCCACACCACCUCCGCCGCUCCGGGACCGUUCCUCUUCCCGAUGCAGGGGAUCGAGCAGGGCCCACCGAUGCUGAACUUGUGCGGGAGCUUCACGUCGUUGCUGAACACGCAUGGGCCUGGUGGGCUUUUGGGGCUGGGUGGGUUUGGAGUUGGGCCGGGGAUGGAGGAAGUUGGGUAUGGGAUCGGGAGAGCGAUGUGGCCCUUUCCGGGAGUUGCGGAGGGCGGAGCGGCAACCGUGUUGGGUGGUGGUACUUGGCAGCAGCUCGGCGGCGGAGAGAUUGGUGGCGAUUCUUUCGGGUUUCCGGAUCUUGCAAUUUCUGCCCACGGAAAUAUUAUGAAAUAAACUUGAAGUGUUCGAAGGUCAAUCAGUCGGGUCUGCUUAACAUCAUCCGAUCAACAGUCUUUCUUCAUAGGUUAUUUAGUAAUGGUUCAAACUUCAAAUGUUAAUUUAGGGCUUGUAAAUCUUAAACCUCUCGGAAUUGUUGUAUCUUUAGAGUAACUCCUCUCGCUAAUCGGAGUUUUGUCUUUAACUGUUAUCAUUAAACCUCUAAAGUUUCUCUUGGUGCGUCACAUAUUUGCAUGUUGUA